AUGAUGGGGCUAUAUUCCAGCGGCGCGCUGGGCGGCGUGGAGGUGCUGGAGGGCGGAUUGGUGGGCGGUGAACUGACCGCUCAUGUGCUGAGUGCCCAGGCGGCCGCACACGCAGCCGCUACAGCUGCCGCGGCCGCACACCAGCAACAACAAAUUGCAGUGCAGCAAAUCAAAACAUCACCGUCUUCAGGACGUUCAACCCCAGUGACAACAGCGUCAGCCACACAACCCCCUGCGGGUUCUACAUCCCCCUCACCAUCCAAGUUGUUUGUUGGUGGUUUAAGUUGGCAGACGAGCUCAGAGAAGCUCCGGGAAUAUUUUGCAAUGUUUGGUCCAGUCACUGAUGUUCUCAUAAUGAAAGACCCAGUAACACAGACACUGCGAUUAAUUAACAAAUUUCGGACCGCCUUCUCGACACAAGUAGCUAGGUUCUCUAGUAAUAGACGACAAAGAAUGCCUGCAUUCAGUGCUAAAUUGUACCCAGGUCUAGUCACCGUAGUGCCACAGAAGGACCACCGCUCGCGCGGCUUCGGUUUCAUCACGUUCCAGGACGCGUCGGCGGUGGACAAGGUGCUCGCGGUGCCCGUCCACACGCUCGACGGGAAACGCAUCGACCCGAAGCACGCGACGCCCAAGUCGGCCCCGCGCCCCGCCAAGACGAAGAAGAUAUUCGUCGGCGGCGUCGGCCAGGACACGUCCGCGGACGAGGUGCGCGCCUACUUUUCCCAGUUCGGCCUCGUCGAGGACGCGGUCAUGCUGAUGGACCAGCAGACCAAACGCCACAGAGGCUUCGGCUUCGUCACCUUCCACUCGGAGGAGGCCGUCGAGCGCGUCUGCGACAUACACUUCCACACGAUCAAGAACAAGAAGGUGGAGUGCAAACGGGCGCAGCCCAAGGAGGCGGUGGCGGCGGCGCCGCUGGCGCUCGGGAAGCGGCUGGUGCUGCGGCCGGGGCGGGGGCUCGUGUACGCGGCGGCGGGAGGGGUGGGGGUGGGGGGCGUGAGCGCGGUGGGGGGCGUGGGCGCGGCGCACGCGUACCGGUACGCGCCGUACGCGCUGCCCGCCGCCGCCGCGCCCGCGCUAGUGGCGCCCCCCGCGCCCGCGCCCGCGCCCGCGCUGCCGCAGUUCGGCGCCGCGUACUCGCUGGCGGGCGUCGACAUGUCCUCCUUCCAGGGCGUCGACUGGAGCGCCAUGUACGGCCUCCCGAUGUACAUCUAG